GCGCACCACGCACAAACACCCGCGUGCGGCGUGGUGCCUGCGGGCUUCCGUACUAGGUCUCCAUGGCGACCGCGUGGGCCGGGCUGCCUCCACUGUCGGGCUGCCGCUUUCCGCUGCGGGGCUCGCCCGCGCUCCGGUGGGCGGGGGCCCCGAAGGUGACUCCAGACCAAGGAGGAUGAGCUGCUCUCCCUGGAGGAGAACGGAUGGAGGGAAGCGGCUCCUACAGAGCUCCCUCUGCAGCCGCUGCUGAUCUGGAGGAGGAUGCUGGUCAAACUAGGAGCUUGCCUGCCGCCCCCUCCAAAGACGUUCACAAGGGUGUUGGAGGGAUCAUUUUUUCCUCCUCACCGAUUCUAGACUUGAGUCAGAGUGGUCUGUGCCAUUUGGAAGAGGUCUUUAGAAUCCCCAGCCUUCAACAAUUGCAUCUGCAAAGGAAUGCCCUCUGUGUGAUUCCUCAAGAUUUCUUUCAGUUACUACCGAACCUGACUUGGCUGGACCUCCGGUACAACAGGAUCAAGGCACUUCCUUCUGGGAUUGGGUCUCACAAGCAUUUGAAAACUUUGCUUUUAGAAAGAAAUCCUAUCAAAAUGUUACCUGUGGAGCUGGGGAGUGUACUUACACUGAAAGCCCUGAACUUGAGGCACUGCCCUCUGGAAUUCCCUCCACAGCUCAUUGUGCAUAAGGGAUUGGUGGCUAUCCAGCACUUCCUGCGGAUGUGGGCGGCAGAACACUCUCUCCCCAGAAAUCCAGCUUCUCAAGGGGCUGCGCCAGCUAAAGAGAUGACCCUCCACAACCUCCCGAGCCUGGGACUGGAGUUGUCUGCAGACUACGCAUCUAACGAAGGAGCUGCGAAUGCUGGGGACCCAGAGCAGGCCGUGAUGAAAGAGAAAGCUGGCUUUCUCCCGCCCGUGGAAAAGCCCAACCUGAGUGAUCUCAGGAAGUCCGCUGACUCCUCAGAGCACUGGCCCAGCGAGGAGGAGAUCAGGCGCUUUUGGAAGCUGAGGCAGGAAAUUGUUGAGCACGCGAAGGCAGGUGGUCCUGGAAAUCAGCUCUUACCGAGGGAAUUACCUCCCAAUCUCAAGGCGGCCUUGAACAGUGAGAAAGAGCCGCCAAAGCCAAGGCACAUUUUCAGAAGGAAGACGGUCUCCUCCAGGAACAUCUUACCCGACCUCUCGUCACCAUACCAAACGGCGAUCCGAGCACAAAGACUGGAAGAGAGCCGAGCGGCCGCACUCCUAGAGCUCCGGGAGAAGCAGGCUCUGAUGGAGCAGCAGAGACGCUCCACUAACCACCUGGCUCCACCCCUCUCUGGGCCCCAGGAGGCCGGCCGCCAUGGACUGCAGCCACAGCACCCCUGUGCCCCACGCUUGGUGGUUGGCCUUGGCCAGUGGGGGCCCCCAGCAGGAAGUCAAGGAGGAGAGGGAGCUCGAGGGCCUCGUUCUUACUCACCCAGCCCCUCUGUGAGCUGCCUGGAGCUGGCUGAGUCCAGCGUCUCCCUCCUUCUGGGUUCUGGCUGUCUCUCCUUCCCUGGGCUGGUCUGUGGGCCUGUGGGCGGCUGCAGCCCAGCCCUGACUGGCACAGAGCUCCCGCACCACCCCUGUGGCUCCCCGCUCCCUCCCGUCAGGAAUAAACCCUCCUGAAGCCAC